ACAAGUGCAACAAUAACAAAUGUUUUAUUAUGUAUAAUCUGAGAAUAUUACGACAAUUUCGAUACAGUUGGAUCGCUCCGACGUCUGCGACCAAAUUGCCACAUCGUUUGCUGGCCAGCCAGCAUAAACGACGCCCUCAACUGGGCGCAGUUCCGUCGGAUCAACUGGACCAACUGAAGGCUGAUUAUUUCGAGAGAAACUGCGAGUUGAGCAAUGAGGAAUGGCAACAGGUGAAGCAUACGCUCACCAACACCUACAAAUACAUCAGUGGACACAAUGUGGACGCAGUCAUCUUGGGCAUGUGCAGCACUGGGGAGCAGCUGCCGUUGGCCAAGAGUUACCUGAGGUAUCUGCAGGCUCAGGGAGUUGAGCCGAAUGCGGCGACAUUGGGCCGCUUACUGCGAGUCUACAAUGCAGCCUAUCACACACGUGCACUCAGUGACGAGGAGCAGUCGGAGAUUGUGCACAUCUGUGAUAGGCUGCAGGGCAACCACGAGCUACUCGAUGCCAGCAGCUGUGAACACCUGGUCCAUGGACUAGUGGCCACCACUCACCAUUGGCAGCGUGCAGUGGCUUUUCUCGAAAUGAUGAAGGUGACCAGUGCACCCAGUAUAUCCGCCUACAGUGCACUGGCGGGCAAAGCAUUCAGCUCGGAUCACCCGGAGCUGGCAUGGCAGCUACUUGAGGAGAUGCUCGAGACGCGCAAGCUGCCCAAAUGUGAGGUGUACUUGGCGCACCUGGAGAGCAGUGCCCGCGAUGUCAAGACACUGGGAUCCCAGGUGGAACGACUGCUGCUAUUCCUCGAGCGUCACGAUAUCCUCCUUAGCGAUAAGGUGGCCCAGCAGCUUGUGGCUCUGGCCCAAAGACUGCCCCAUCAGUUGCAGGUAACCAGCACGCAUCUGGAACAGAUGGGCAAAUGCGGAGCAUGCCAACAGCAUUUAGAACACGUGGCCAUCAGCGAUGCACAGUUCGCCGAGCUGCGAAGAUCCUUCUUGGACAAGGUGCUCAUACGAAAGGAUGUGUUUCAGAAGUCCACGCCCGAGGAAGUGGCUCGCUUCAAGAAGUUUGUGGAACAGACAGCGCCCUACGACUGCGUCAUUGAUGGCCUCAACGUGGCCUACUCCACGGGCACUAAGAAGCCGCCACAGCAGCUGGCCAAGCUGCUGGCCACUGUUGUGCGCUUUUUCAAGGAGCGACGGAAGCGCGUCCUUGUCCUGGGCCGACAGCAUAUGCGCAGCUGGUCCAAGCCGGCCAUGAACUAUAUACAGAACAAUGCCAGCGUAUUUCUGACCAGUAAUCUAUCGCAGGAUGAUCCGUUUCUGCUGUAUGCAACGCUACGAAGCGGUCAGGAAACGGACUUCUUCUCCAGAGAUCUGAUGCGGAGUCAUGCAUUUCUGCUGGGCACCGAACUGAAGGCCACCUUUCGUCGCUGGCAGCAGGAGCAUCAGUAUUCCCUUGUGACACAAACUCAAACCGGCCAGAUAAUUGUUAAGGAACCCAUACGAUAUCUCCUAAGCGCCCACAAGGUGAACAACACUUGGCACAUACCGUGCACCGAGACAUAUACGCCGAAUCCGACAGACAGAUUCCAAGCGCCGGAAAAGUGGCUGUGCCUGAAGAUUGCUUAAACAUACAUAACAUACACGUAUUUCUUGAUUCACGAGUAUAUUGAAACCGGGGAAAUUCACAAACAUAAUGGACUAAAAACGUUUAACUAAAAAAAA